AUGGAGAGUGCAGAGCUGUCGUCGAAGCGGCAGGCAUUUCCCGCAUGUGAUGAGUGUCGGAUCCGCAAGGUGCGAUGCAGUAAGGAGGGUUCAAAGUGCUCCCAUUGCCUCCGAUAUAACCUACCCUGCGAAUUCUCCAACAAAGUUACACGGGUCAACCAAACAGCAAAAUUGGCGCGAGAUGUCGAGAAGCUCGGGAGUCGGGUUGAAGAUAUCGAACAUGCCCUCCAACGAUGCCUGUCCUUUAUUGAUGCCCAUCAGGGCUUUCGUGAUCUAUCAAGGCCACAGUCACAAGAAAGCGGGUACACAAGCUCAACCAGCUCAGAAGAGUGUGAAGUAAACUUGUACUCAGGCAAACACACUUCACCCACAGAGGAAGAUGGAUUCUGGCCUCUCCACGGUUAUGGCUCUUUUGUUUCACUCGUUAUGGAGGCACAGGCUGCUAACGCCAACCUAACCUCUUGGUUACCGGUCGACAUGAACAGCCACCAAGUCGCAGAGAUGGUCGCAUUUGACCACCAAGCUGUGUCAGCUGUGCGCUCGAAGGUAACUGAGGCAAAUGAAACGCUUCAACAGAUUAUUGAUGAUAUCCCAACGCUAUCGGCAUCCGAAGACGAUACCUUUCUCCCGUCUCUUCCACCCCGCGCUCUAGUGGAGCCGUCUAUCAAUGAAUAUUUCAAGAAGCUGAAUCCACGACUCCCUAUAUUUAGUCGACAGACCAUUAGGGACGCAGUGGAAUCUCAGUACACAAUCAGAACUGGGCCUCCGGACCUGGUUUGGAUUACCUCUUUCAACUGCAUUGUGCUUCAGGCCCUUACUCAAACAUCAAUUGCGAACAAAGUCGUGGGAGGCACAGAACAAGACAUACCAUUAGAUUAUAUGAUCAUAAGCCUGCUGCGUAACAUCAGGCAGUGCUAUAAUCGAUUGGAAACUCUUGUUAAACCCCGGCUAUCGAAUAUACGGGCCCUCUUUUGUUUGGCACUUGUGGCAAUGGAGUAUUUUGAUUUCGCAAUUUUUCAGACUAUCUUUGCUCAAGUCUGCGAGUUGUCCAGGCUCAUUGGACUCCAUUUAAUGACAACGACCCCGCCAACGGAAGAUGGGGCUGUGGACGACCAGCCAAAAGACUUGUUCUGGAGCAUCUUCCUCGUCGAUAAGCACGUAUCCAUCAUUGGGGGCAAGGCCUGCCUAUUGCCCUCGUAUGACUGCAGCGUACCAUUGCCUCCAUAUGACUCCGCUGCGCCACUGCCCAAUGUUUUUGCGGCACGCAUACGCUUGGCAUUCAUUCUUGAGGAGAUAUAUCAGUGCUUAUACUCAGCAAAAUCCAGCAAAAUGGAACAGAGUCGCGUCCGCCGCCGUAUCCGCAGAAUUGCUCGAAAACUUAGCCAGUGGCACGUGCAACAUGAGCAUGUACUGCGUACCGGAGAUUCGAAAAGGCCUCUCGAAGAGUAUAUCUGUGCAAUGCAGUUGAGAUUUGCACUCUCGAGCUGUUGGGUACUUCUGCAUAAACGCAUUUGGAGCCAGGAAAGGGGCACAGUCUGCCUACAACACGCUCGGGAUUGUCUGAUGCUGUUCAAGCAAUUAUGCGAUGGGUGUAAAUCUGGCUUCAGCAAUUUCGACAGCAUUGUCCUGAACUAUUCUUUGAUCUCAUUCAUGGGAAUCUAUGUCCACAUUGUGGAGGAAGACCAGCCGAUCCAUUCACAGGACAUGGAGAUACUCACUUUCUUCGCUAUAUACACGAACCGCUUGGCAUCCAAUAGGUCAGCUGCAUCUAUCCCGUACAAAUUCAGCCAAGUGGCCAGUCGCUGUAGCGAUAUUGCCCUCCUCCUCCAGAACUUAAGGGAGAGGCGUUUUAUUCCGACAACGAUAUCACGAAGUCCAACGCCCUCAUGGAACGAGCCAACCUACAUGGAUUACGAUGCCGCCAAUGCGUCCACUAGCACAACUAGCACCGGCUCUUCAUAUAACUUGAAUAUCGGCCCUCUUGGCGUACCUGGAGACGGCCAGGUCUGGGACAUAUACUUCAACCCGAGAGAGAUACCAAUGGAUGGUACAAUUGCGACUCCUUCUGAGGAUGCAACCCAGGAUUUGCUGAGCAAUGAGGCUGGCCAAUGCCUUGACUUCCCCGACUUUUCACUUGGCAUUGACAACUUCCCUGACUUUCCACUUGGCAUUGACAUGACUAGCCAAAGCGAAUUUGAUCUUAUUAUGGAGGAGGACAUAAUUCGAUAUAAGAGACUACUAGAUAGGCCUGUUUAG